UUAGCUCAUCCCACAGCAACUGACAAACUUACACUUUCCAUCUCUUUCUCCCUCUCUCCCUGGGUUGGACUGUAGUGUGGAGAAUGGGAAGAGCACCUUGUUGUGAAAAGGUGGGGUUAAAGAAGGGGAGGUGGACGGCGGAGGAGGAUGAGAAAUUGGUCAAUUAUAUUCAAGCUAAUGGGGAAGGCUCAUGGAGGUCUGUGCCCAAGAAUGCAGGAUUAUUGAGGUGCGGGAAGAGUUGCAGACUGAGAUGGAUUAAUUAUUUGAGAGCGGACCUGAAGAGAGGGAGUAUAUCAGCCGACGAGGAAGAAAUUAUUCUCCAAUUGCAUGCCUCUUUGGGGAAUAGAUGGUCCUUGAUAGCUAGUCACUUACCCGGACGAACAGACAACGAGAUUAAAAAUUACUGGAGUUCCCAUCUGAGCAGGAAAGUUCACAUCUUUAGCAGGCUUGGGAAUGAAAAUCGACCACUGGCUAUUCAUAAAGCUAAGUUGAUGAUGGGAAGCAACAAGCAACGCAAAGCAGACAGAUUUGCAAUGAAGAACAACAAAAGCCAUGUACGUAAAGAACCUUGGGCAUCAACCAAGGGUGGGCUCGAGCAAAUUUGCAUUGGCCUUGAUCCCUCUAAAGACGGUGACGGAAUUAGACCCACGCUACAGACCCCUGUUUUAGUGAAAGAGACCUUAUCUGUUGCCAGCGAGGAUACAGCGAUUUUGGAUCCACGUGUGGAAGAUGAAGAAAAGGUGCAAACGGACCUUGUGAUUCCAAGUCCAUGUCAAGAAAGAGCAGAAGGAGAAGGAGAAGGAUUGGUGUUGCACUUAAGCGAGGAAGAACAAUCAGAAAUGCUAGGACCAUAUCAUGGGUUCGCUGGCAAAAUGCUACUUUUUGACGACAAUAUACAAGACGAGUUGCUGGAUGCUGAACAAGAAGAUGAUGUCUCAUUAACUAGCUUGGAGGGAGAGAAGAAAAGUACUGUAAGAAGCGAAGAUCAGCGUGAAAAAGAAAAUGGUAAAUUGAGCUCAAAUGAUGACUUGUACGUAUGUUCUUCAACAGCGUAUUCCUUUGAUGAAUGGAGCUGGGAGAAUCUGAUGCAAUGGGAUGAAAAUGUGGAUAAUACGAUAUUUUCUAUUUGGGAGAGUGAUAAUAGUGAAUUAGGAGAUGUUCAAAAACAAGAAGAGAUAGAUCAUGACAAGCAAAAUGCAUCCGUUGCUUGGCUACUUUCUUGAUUAUACACACCAGUACAUUUAAGAAUUUCUGUACAAGUUUCAAAGUGGUGAUCAUCAUUGUAAAGUAGAAAGUUAGAAACUGGAGUUUACCUCUCCAAUGGACUAUUUUUCAAAAAAAUGUAGCAUACAGGCGUGUUUGGAUGCUGUUAAGUGGUCAAGUGUGAAUGUACUUUCUUUU